AUGUUUGAGAAGCCAGAGUCUGGGCACAGACCGGAUGGCACCAAGGUUUCAUUUGGGACCUGGUCAUCGCUGCCACUCUUCUGCACCACUCUAGCCCUGCUUCCAUUGUCAGUGGAGGUGGUUGUUCACACCAAAGACGGACAGCGUCUCUACCGAAUCUCACCCUGGGCCAAGUACGUCAACCGGACGGAGAAGGUGGCCAUCUACGAAUGGGUGCACUGGGACCCACCUAAUCCGUACAAACAAGUCCACCCACGGCCCAAGAAACCCAGCAGCCUGCGCAUCUACGAGGCUCACGUGGGGAUUGCUUCACCUGAGGGAAAGAUUGCUUCAUACACCAACUUCACUACCAACGUGCUGCCCCGCAUAAAGGAGCUGGCACUGGAUGAGAGCACGGACGUGCAGGACACCGCGCAGCUGCUCAUGUUUAUUUGUGGAGUUACUGCAAACUUUGAGAUGUACGAGGAGCUGGCAGUACUCCAAAGUCUCAAAGGGACUACGACGGGGGAGGAUAUUUUUGACAAAGUGUACCAAACCAUGGAAGAGUUGGACCUGGACUGGUCAAAGCUGGUCAGCAUCACAACUGACGGGGCUCCUAGUAUGGUGGGCAUGUCUCGGGGUCUAUUAGGACUCAUGAACCGGGAGAUUGAAGAAACAGGUUUCACCGCCCCGCUACAUGUCCACUGCCUAAUUCACCAGCAAGCACUGUGCUGCAAAGUGUUGACGUGGAAUUAUGUCAUGAAGGUUGUGGUGUCAUGCAUAAACUUCAUCAGAGCAAAGGGACUUAAACACAGGCAAUUCCAAGAAUUCCUGUCUGAACUGGAAUCUGCGCACGGAGAUGUGCUGUACUAUACAGAGGUCCAAUGGCACUUCAGGCACUUGUGGGUUGCCCUUCCAGUCGUCCAUGUGAAGAUACCUAACUCUUGGGGUAUUUGUCUCAUUCGUGUGCUCACCUCCACGUGGCAACAUAGUUUGUGCUGUGUGAAUUUGGCCUUGCAAAUUAAUGAAGACAUUAACGUGAGGCGUGAUUGUGUGCUUCGAUGCCUGAGCAUCUACCUCAAUGAAGAUCUGGACACACUGGUUAAAGAAUACAUGGAAGUAAAUCCACUUAGUUCAGAGGAGCCAGAGGAUACAGUGGGCCGGGUCCUGGCAUCUAAAAGCCUCCAUUAUGCCAAGGACGACAGUUUUUGUUCAAACAACAAGGAUGCAUGUUGUGGACUGUCUGCUUACGAACUCCAGCGCCUUGAGAACAUCAAAGAGAAAGAGGCCUUCUUGUCGUCUUUGAAGAUAUGGCAAGCAGCUGAGGAUCUGAGGCAAUCAGUAAAGCCAAAGACGCAUGUCAAGAGGUCAAAGGCUUUAUUGGUAAAAGAGCAGUUUAUGCACUCUCCCCGGAAAUCCCUCCGUCUUAAAGAACCACAGAACCUUACCCUCAGUGAAGGAUCAGCCCAUAAACACGACAUUGAAUCCAGAGAGGCUGAGGCAGACAUUGGCGAGAAGACCAUGGGCAUCUACACAGUCCAAGCAGAAGUUGAUGUUCCAGGUGAUGGACGCUUUGCUGAUGUCGGAGUUGUGCUGGAAGUUCCUAAACACCGGAGCUCGCCUCUCCCUGCCUCGCUCUCCCCACCUCGCUCCCCUGCCCGCCUGGAGCUGCCUCGCUUUCCCCUCUUCCCACCUCUCGCUCGCCUCUUCCCACCUCUCGCUCGCCUCUCCCUCCCCUCUCCCUCUCCCGUCUCCCUCGCCUCUCCCCUCCCUCCCCUCUCCCUCGCCUCUCUCCCCUCUCCCUCGCCUCUCCCCUCUCCUCUCCCCUCUCCCGCCUCUCUCUCCCCGCCUCUCGCUCGCCUCUCCCUCCCCUCUCCCUCGCCUCUCCCUCGCCUCUCCCUCGCCUCUCCCUCCCCUCUCUCUCGCCGCCUCUCUCUCCCCUCUCCCUCGCCUCUCCCCUCUCUCUCGCCUCUCUCUCCCCUCUCCCUCGCCUCUCCCUCGCCUCUCCCUCGCCUCUCUCUCCCCUCUCCCUCCCCUCUCCCUCGCUCCCCUCUCACCGCCUCUCUCUCCCUCGCCGCCUCGCUCUCCCUACCUCGCUCCCCUGCCCGCCUGGAGCUGCCUCGCUUUCCCCUCUCCCCACCUCUCGCUCGCCUCUCCCUCCCCUCUCCCCUCUCCCUCCCCUCUCUCCUCUCCCUCGCCUCUCUCUCGCCUCUCUCUCCUCUCCCUCGCCUCUCUCUCCCCUCCCUCCCCUCUCGCUCGCCUCUCCCUCCCCUCUCCCCUCUCCCUCCCCUCUCUCCUCUCCCUCGCCUCUCUCUCCCCUCUCUCUCGCCUCUCUCUCCUCUCCCUCGCCUCUCUCUCCCCUCCCUCGCCUCUCUCUCCCCUCCCUCCCCUCUCCCUCGCCUCUCUCUCACCGCCUCUCUCUCCCCUCUCACCGCCUCUCUCUCACCGCCUCUCUCCCACCGCCUCUCUCCCUCGCCUCUCUCACCGCCUCGCUCUCCCUACCUCGCUCCCCUGCCCGCCUGGAGCUGCCUCGCUUUCCCCUCUCCCCACCUCUCGCUCGCCUCUCCCUCCCCUCUCUCCUCUCCCUCGCCUCUCCCUCCCCUCUCUCCUCUCCCUCGCCUCUCCCUCCCCUCUCUCCUCUCCCUCGCCUCUCUCUCCCCUCUCUCCUCUCCCUCGCCUCUCUCUCCUCUCCCUCGCCUCUCUCUCCCCUCCCUCCCCUCUCCCUCGCCUCUCUCUCACCGCCUCUCUCUCCCCUCUCACCGCCUCUCUCCCUCGCCUCUCUCACCGCCUCGCUCUCCCUACCUCGCUCCCCUGCCCGCCUGGAGCUGCCUCGCUUUCCCCUCUCCCCGCCUCUCCCUCCCCUCUCUCUCGCCUCUCCCCUCUCUCUCGCCUCUCUCUCCCCUCUCGCCUCUCUCUCCCCUCUCUCUCCCCUCUCUCUCGCCUCUCUCUCGCCUCUCUCUCGCCUCUCUCUCGCCUCUCUCUCGCCUCUCCCUCGCCGCCUCUCUCUCACCGCCUCUCUCGCCUCUCCCUCACCGCCUCUCUCUCACCGCCUCUCUCUCCCUCGCCUCUCUCUCCCCACCUCGCUCCCCUGCCCACCUGGAGCUGCCUCGCUUUCCCCUCUCCCCACCUCUCGCUCGCCUCUCGCUCGCCUCUCCCUCGCCUCUCCCUCGCCUCUCCCUCGCCUCUCCCUUGCCUCUCCCUUGCCUCUCCCCUCGCCUCUCUCUCCCCUCUCCCUCGCCUCUCUCUCCCCUCUCCCCUCCCUCCUCUCCCCUCUCUCUCCCCGCCUCUUCUCUCCCCUCCCUCCCCUCUCCCUUGCCUCUCCCUUGCCUCUCCCUCGCCUCUCCCUCGCCUCUCCCUCCCCGCCUCUCGCUCGCCUCUCCCUCACCGCCUCUCCCUCACCGCCUCUCCCUCACCGCCUCUCCCUCACCGCCUCUCUCUCACCGCCUCUCUGCCUCUCUGCCUCUCCCUCGCCUCUCUCACCGCCUCCCUCGCCUCUCUCACUGCCCCUCUCCCUCCCCUCUCCCUGUGCUCUCCCUCCCCUCUCCCUGUGCUCUCCCUCCCCUCUCCCUGUGCUCUCCCUCCCCUCUCCCUGUGCUCUCCCUCCCCUCUCCCUGUGCUCUCCCUCCCCUCUCCCUCUCCUCUCCCUCUCCUCUCCCUUCCCUCUCCCUUCCCUCUCCCUUCCCUCUCCCUUCCCUCUCCCUUCCCCCUCCCCUCUCCCUCCCCUCUCCUCUCCUCUCCCUCCCCCUCUCCCUCUCCCUCUCCCUCUCCCCGCCUGGAGCUGCCUCGCUCUGA